AGAACGUCUCGUGGUAGGCCUAAUAGAGGAAUGCCGGGGCGGUCGGUCCCUGCUCAAGUUCGGGCUGACCCAGGUCGUUGGCGCUCCCGAUUUCUGCUGCAUCUUCCGAGCCGGAUCGGUCUGUGAUGGCUCCGACGCCGGACGAAGACACCCGGUGUGGCAAAAGCUGCGGCGCCCAGGUCUCAGGGUGGUCCCGGCGCCGAUCGAGGAGGUCCGCGCGGGGCCCUCCGGAAGUGACGGGCCUGUUUUCCACCACCACCAGAAGUUGGAGGGGGAGGGGGUCCUCCACCUCCUCCUCCUCCGCCUCCUCCUCCACCUCCUCCUCCUCCUUCUCGUCUUCGUCCUCUUCCUCCUUGCCCCUCCAACUGAUGGUGGUGGUGGUGGAAAACAGGCCCAUCAGAAAGUCUAUGCCCACCCUGACGUUGGAUCCGCCGCACUUUGGGCGGUUUCGCAAGCAGGGCGAGAAUGCCCGCUCCACUCUUCAAGCUCGUUUGACGUCGAUGUCCGCUCCGCUUUGCAGUCGCUGCUUCCGCCAUACGUGUUCGCAAAUGGCCGCCCUGCUUGCUGAUGAGGCGGAAUCUCCAGCCCUACUUGUUCACAUCGUUCGGGGUGCACUUUCCAACGCAGUUUGGAGUCCUAGCGUCCGCCAAAGUACGGCUGACCUCGAGUCAGGGCAGAUCCGAUGUUUCGUUGGUUCUUCUGCGCGUGGAGAGCCUGGAGGCCGCGUGCUGGGACUUCCUGGAGCAGAACUGGGGCGAGAUCGCGGCCCGCCACAACUCCGGGCUGCAGGAGCUGGUGACGCAGGGCCACCCCCUCGUCCUGGAGCUCCUCCAGGCCGCCAGCGGCGUCCGGCGCGGCGCGCGCCGGGCAGAGGACGACGGCGCCACCGCGCCAGCCGCAGCGUGACGGCCCGCGGGCAAAUACACAGAAAUCUGCAGUGGCACGUUGGCCGGCCGCGCGGACGGCACCGCGCCAGGUGGCGGCGUGGCCGCCGCACGGCCUCCUACAUCAUCCUUUCCUCCUCCUCCUCCUCCUCCUCCUCCUCCUCCUGCUCCCACCAUUGGGGUGGGCAGGUAGUUUGGCCGCGCAAAACGCAGGCGCGCCCAGCCCACAAUGUACAAAUCGUGAGCGAUGCUCGGCAUCCUCGCCAUUAUUCUCCGCGUUCCAGCGCUAGCCCCGCGCAGGCGCGUCGCCAGUUGUCAGGGCACCCAGGGCAGAAA